AUGAGUACUGCACUUGACAAAUCUUUAGACGACAUCAUCUCUUCCCAAAAGAAGGCUAGACCUGCCAAGAAGGUCGUCGCUAAGAAGUCAAAGCCAGGUAUCAGUAAGAAUAUUAGCAAGAAGGCUACGCCUAAGUCUAAUAAGAAACCUGUUGUUUCAUUCAAGAAGCCAGCUGCUCCAGCUCCUGCUGCUAACACCUUAGACGCUUCAUACGCAACUAAGGUUGUUGUCCAUGGUUUGCCAAAGGACAUCAAGCUCGAUGCUAUCAAGGACUUUUUUCAAUCUCAAGUUGGUGGUGUUCAAAACAUUGCUUUGACCUACAAUGAAAGAGGACAAUUCAAGGGUAUCGCUACUAUUAUUUUCAAGGCCGCUAAGUCUGCUUCAUUAGCAGUAAGCAAGUACAAUGGUGCUCCAAUCGAUGGUGGAUCUUCCAAGUUGAAGUUGGAAUUGAUCAUUGACCCAACCAAGAAGCCUUUAACUUCAAGAAUCGCUCCGAUUGUUCAGCAAGUAGCCAAGGCCAAGGCCGUACAAGCUAAGAAGCAACAUGCUAACCAAAAAGGUGCCAAGGCUAAGAAGCCAGUUGCUGGUGCUAAGGUUGCCGGUGCUAAGAAGCCAGUCAAGCAAGCCAAGAAGACUGUUGAACAGUUGGACCAAGAGAUGGCUGACUACUUCGGUUGA